UCGUAAAUACAGUAAUUACAACAUAACAUUACUGCAUAUUGAACUACUUUUUCUGUCAAAUUUGUUGUAUAGCAUGAUGUUUUGGUGCUUAAUUUGUAAAAUCAUAACCUAAUUUGAUGUUUAAUAGGCUUUUCCUUAAUCCCUCCUUAUUAUCCAAGAGAGUCGCUUAUCCAAGGUUCUGCCAACCCGUUUAGCUUGGGAACUGCACUGUGGAGGGCACAGAAAUGGUGCCACCCUUCAAACUUUUUGUUUCAAUCAAAUCAUGAGCGAAAUUGUCAACAUCAAUCUGGGCAAUGGGAAGAAUAAUAAGGAAACCUGUGAAAGGUUGUUUCUAACAAAGGAUCACUUGAAGAACAACCUCUUAUGAUGGCUGUGAACAUACUUUCCUCUUCCAUGACAAGGUGCUGCAGAAGACUGAUGCUUUGAGCCAUGCCCUACCUGCUUUGGAAAAGUAAGCAGUAUCAUAUCUCCCAUUUAGAAGUGGCCGCACUUAAAUAUGGAAAAGUGGCGUGAGGAGGUACUGAUGUCUUUCUCUCAAAUGUCUCUGGUAGAUGGAUGCUGACAUGGACUACGAACGACCUAACGUUGAAACCAUCAAGUGUGUGGUGGUGGGUGAUAAUGCAGUGGGGAAGACACGCUUAAUCUGUGCAAGAGCAUGUAACACCACCUUGACCCAAUACCAGCUUCUGGCAACUCAUGUACCUACUGUUUGGGCAAUUGAUCAGUAUCGGGUGUGCCAAGAGGUUCUUGAACGUUCUCGUGAUGUUGUUGAUGAAGUGAGUGUUUCUCUCAGGCUCUGGGACACAUUUGGAGAUCACCACAAAGACAGACGCUUUGCCUAUGGAAGGUCUGAUGUGGUUGUCCUGUGCUUUUCCAUUGCUAAUCCUAACUCCCUGAAUCAUGUGAAAACUAUGUGGUAUCAAGAAAUCAAGCACUUUUGUCCUCGUACACCUGUUAUUCUGGUUGGUUGCCAGUUGGAUCUUCGGUAUGCUGAUCUGGAAGCUGUAAACCGAGCCAGAAGGCCAUUAGCAAGGCCUAUCAAGAGAGGAGAUAUUUUGCCCCCAGAAAGAGGAAGAGAGGUUGCAAAGGAACUUGGAAUACCAUAUUAUGAAACUAGCGUAUUUGAUCAGUUUGGCAUCAAGGAUGUGUUUGAUAAUGCAAUCAGAGCUGCCUUGAUCUCCAGGCGGCACCUACAAUUCUGGAAAUCCCAUCUGAAGAAAGUUCAGAAACCUUUACUUCAGGCUCCAUUUCUACCUCCAAAGGCACCUCCUCCGGUUAUCAAAAUCCCAGAGUGUCCUGUCACCAGUAUCAAUGAAGCCGGAUACUUAUUGGACAAUCCAUUGUGCGCCGAUGUCAUGUUUAUCCUUCAGGAACAGACUUACAUUUUUGCUCACAAGAUCUACCUAGCUACCUCCUCUUCAAAGUUUUAUGACCUUUUUCUAAUAGAAUGCGAAGAAACCCCAGACGUACCUGAAGCACAAUGUCAUAAAGAAAAGGCUGGUAGAAGCCUGAUGGACAGAGCAUGCAGCUUUGAAACGGAUGAUAGUAGUGAGGUGGUAACCUUAAAAUCUCCCAGCACCAAACUGGUAUCAUCAACAGAUGGUAGCAGCCCCUUAACAAGGUUGGAGCUUGAAGAGGGGGAAGCCAGCUGCCUGAAGCAAGCUCCAACGUUUUGGGGCAAAGGCUUUGUUAGCAUGCAUAAAGAGAUGCAAGUCAAUCCUGUUUCAAAGAGGACGUGUGCUGUGACAGUUGUCAAGAUAGAUCCGUCUGUUCAGUCUGGACCUUUUAAAACUGUUUUGCAGUUUUUAUACACAGGGCAACUAGAUGAAAAUGAAAAAGAUCUCACCAGAGUCGCUCAGAUUGCUGAGAUCCUGGAAGUAUUUGACUUGCGAAUGAUGGUGGAAAACAUCACAAAUAAGGAAGCCUUCAUGAACCAGGAAAUUACAAAGGCUUUCCACGUCAGAAAGGCUAAUAGGAUAAAAGAAUGUCUCUGUAAAGAAACAUUCUCUGAUGUGACAUUUAAGUUGGAAGAUGGAAACAUCAAUGCCCAUAAACCACUGCUGAUCUGCAGCUGUGAAUGGAUGUCUGCAAUGUUUGGAGGAUCAUUUGUGGAAAGCUCAAACAGUGAGGUUGUUCUUCCCAACAUUAACAAGGCCUCCAUGCAAGCUGUUCUGGAUUAUCUGUACACCAAGCAUCUCUCGUCCAGUCAAGAGCUGGACACACUUGAAUUAAUUGCUCUGGCGAACAGAUUUUGCCUUCCACAUUUAGUUGCGCUGGCAGAGCAACAUGCGGUGCAGGAGCUUACCAAAACUGCAAUGAGUGGUGUUAGUAUAGAUGGAGAAGUUCUGUGCUACUUGGAAAUAGCCCAGUUCCAUAAUGCUAACCAGCUGGCAGCUUGGUGCUUGCACUAUAUCUGCACCAACUACAACAGUGUUUGUUCUAAGUUCCGAAAGGAAAUCAAAACUAAAUCUCCUGAUAAUCAGGAAUAUUUUGAGAGACACCGCUGGCCGCCUGUAUGGUACCUCAAAGAGGAAGAUCAUUUCCAGCGUGUUAAAAAGGAAAGAGAAAAAGAAGACAUUGCGCAGAAUAAACAUCAUUCGAAACGGAAAUGGUGCUUCUGGAACACCUCCACAGUAGUUGCCUAAGGAAAGGAGAUAGGUCUCUCUCAAGACCAUGGCUUGAAUUGGAAAACACUGCUUUCAGAAAAGUCUUAAUCAAAACAGUGCUGCAGUUCACAAAGAAUGGUUCAUGUGCCAUUGAAAUGAAUGGGAGUUGAACAGGCUGUGCUCUCCAUUGAACUCCUGUUUGUUUCAGUGGCACCUCCACAAGGAGCCCUCCCAGCGAGUGGUGUGGAAGAUGGUUUGAAAGAACAAUUUUUCUUCCACCUGUGUGCAUUUAUGGUUUGUAAGAUCAACAAAGCACAAGCUCACCAGAAGUGAGUUCAAAACAGCUCCUUAAGCAACGUCUGUAUUAUUUGUUGUUUCAGAAGCUAAAAGUACUGUAUAAACUAGUACCAGUUCCCUCUUUUUUAAGAUAUACAAAACAACAACAAAUCCAGCAUUAUCCUUUCAGUUUCCUAAGUGGAAAGUAUUUUUAUACAGUUGUUUAUGUGAAGGUCUUAAACAAAAAUCCUGGUUCAUUUUCUUUCACAGACCAUAAAGUAAUUGUGUAAAUAAGUUUUUAAUUUAGAUAAUCAGUGUGUCCUCCCCUUCACCCAGCUGCAAGCACAGUCAAAUACAAAUUCCAUUUCUAAUGAGUUUCCUUGAUAGAAAUUGUGAGUCUAGCAAAAACCCAACUUUUCCUAGGUAACACUUCCCAAGAACUACCUUUUCAAUAACAGGUUCAAUAAUGGUGAGAGUAUUCAUGCUGAGCAAUGGGAUAUUACAAGAUCCAACUCCAUCAGAAUUAUACAAAAUUUACCUUGCUGAUCAUUUGAUGAAUAUGAAGCUUAAUUUUUCUUUUCCGAUGCCUGAUGCCUGACAAAUCCUGUAUUUACCAUGUAAGAGCAGAAGGCAACACCCAUGUGGAACAUCUCCUCCUUUGUGUAUUCCUUGGAUGAAGAUGUGUUAGAUCAUCUUAACAUAGAAGACCAUGUUACAUUUGUGUCUUUAUUCACUGCAGAUUUCCUUAAGAAUCUAAAUCCAACAGGAGUAGCACUCUUAAAUUGCUUGGAUGAUUUCUUUCACAUUAUCUAGGUCUCUUCAUGGAAGAAACUUUUGCAUAUUGAAAAAAAUGUCUGCUUUGUUGUGAAUAUUCAUCUGUCAAGGGCUGAUGAGAUGAAUCGAUCUCUUCUAUUUUCAGUGUUAUGCUAACAAAAAGUAACCGUUCCACUGCAUUGUAACCAACACUGAUCUGCCCCCUCCCCAAAUAAUAUUUUAGUUGUGGAAUAGCCCUGAUAGCUCCAGCAGAAGCAGAAGCAAAGAAUUCCAUGCAUAAAUGCUCUUAACAUUCGACUUCAUCCAUUUGCAUGUAGUGGACAUAUCAGAUUCAUGGCAGAUACACUUUUGUGGUGCUAACUCUGGGAAUGAGCCAACCCGUAGGCUAAGAGCAUUGUUACAUUAUUGCUCAUAGAGUCUUUAUACAGAGGAGGUACUCUUUCCAAAGCUACUGGUGUAUCUCUUCCGUUCGUAAAGCUUUCCAAGUAUUUGUUGCCUUUUCAACUGCAAAAGCAAUCCUAAAGGAAAGCCCAGACUUUUCGUCACUAUCUUUUUUUUUCAGGUGAAAAAUACAUAGCCUCCUACCAAGUUUCCAUUGCUUUGAUGUGCCCUGAAUCAAAAUCACUGACAUUUUAGCGCUCCAUUAGAUACCGAGACUUAAGACAGUCAGUGAAAUUUGGUGGGUAAGGUGCUGGCUAGCACUCAUACAAGAUUUCUGGGAGCUUUAAUGUCACACUGUGUUAUCACACUGUAAAUUUCCAAGCCAUCACCAUGAAUGUGGAGAACAGGGAGGGAGAAAAAAACCCAACAAAGUGAUGAGAGCUAGGUAUUAAAUGGCAUAUGGCAAAGUUGGCAAUCACCAUAAGAGACUGGAACAGAGAAACAUCUUGACCAGCCAUGAAUUUUGCAAGAAAAAGUAAAUGUGAUUAAAGAGCUCUGGGCAUUUCUUGUUAGAAUAUCUAUAUAUAUUGAGGCAGAAGGUUUAGGGAGAAAAAGUUGCCCAUCCCUCUUCUAUCCAGUUGUCAUUCCAAGUGUCUCAAUUGUAACCACGAUCUGUUUCAUACUACACAACUGUGCUCCUUUAACUGCCAUAGAUUCGUCUAUUGAAUCCUGAGAUUUGGCAGUUUUAGAACUAUUUGGACUCCUCAACUAGAAAGAUCUCACCAAGCUACAAAUCACAGAAUUCUCCUAAGAUGCAGUUGAGAACGGUAAAGUGGAAUUACAUUACUACAAUUGAGUAGUGUUAGUAUUGUUUAUUCUCAUUCCUGGAAUCACUCUCAUCCAUUACAUGUACAAACACAGCAGUUGAGUUCAAACUCAACCACUUAGAUUAGAAAGGCUUGUGCAGUGAAACCCACCCAGCUUUCCGAAAUGAUUCAGAUUACAAGUAAGGCAUCUUCUACACUGCCAUAUACAGUGUUCCCUCACUUAUCGCGGGGGUUAUGUUCCAGGACCACCCGCAAUAAGUGAAAAUCCGCGAAGUAGGGACACUAUUUUAAUAUUUAUACAUUAUUUUAGUAGUUAUACACUAUUUUAAGUCUUUAUCAACCAGUCAUGUGUUGAUAAAUCACCUCCUCCUCCUGUUACCGCUUGGGCUCCUUUUCUGUCUCGGCUUCUCCUUCCCUUUCUUAGGCUGUAAAUUGUACUUUUUUAUGAUUUAUAAUAUUCUUUUAGAGUUUAUUGAAAAAUAGCGAUUCUGCAAAAAGUGAACAGCGAAGUAGUGAGGGAACACUGUAAUCCAGAUUAUCAAAGCAGAUAAUCCACAUUAUCUGCUUUGACCCCGAUUAUUUGAGUCUACACUGCCAUGUAAUCCAGCUCAUAGAAGUUAAUCUGGAUUUUAUAUGGCAGUGUAGAAGAGGCCUAAAAUGAUGUCAUACCUGAACUGAUAAUAUUACUUAAGAUGGCAGAGGAGAGAUUCUGUCACGUGUAGAUGAUUAAUAUUCUGGCUGCAUCAACCAAAACAAACAUUGUACCGUUGCAAAGGGCUAUAAAGGGAAAACCAGUUUUCAAUCUACUGUUUUUUUUCCCAAUUCUAAGACUAGGUAAACAUCUUUAAAAAUAGGGUGCGUCUUCAAAUCACAGUUUUAUCCUAUCUACAUUUUUGUUGAUGGUGGUUGUACUGAAAUUAGGGUGCAUCUUUCAAUCAGUGGUGUCUUACAAUUGAAGAAAUAUGGUCUAUAAAUUAAUUGAUUAUGAGGAAUCAGGAGAGUGAAGAUAGAAUAGUUAAAAAUAAAACUGCUGUUGUUGAGGCUCACUUUUCAUUCAAAUGGAGGGUGCAGGAUAAUUUUCAAAGCAUACGGUUAUCUUGGGUGGGAAAAAUGCAAGACUGUCCCAUCCACAGUUUUUUAAGUACUCAUCAUUUGAACAACUCCCAGUGGCUGUGUUUGCUGGCAGAUUCUGGAAGUUGUAGUUCAAAAAAAAUUGAGUUUUCCAAGUUCGUUUCGCACUUAUGGCGUCUAGAUGUCACAACUGUUCCCAAAAGAGGAGGAAGAAAGAAGGAAGUAGGUUGAGCGCAACUGAAAUGUCUUAUAGAAAGAGCCUAAGGGGUAUAAACAUCAAACAGAAAGAAGCAUUGUCUCCCCCUUGAUCUCGCCGCAUACAAUUGGGGCAGAUCAGAGUUCAAACAAAUGUUCUUGAUUGUACCAUUACAUUGUAGAUUCAGCCUCCGUUGUCAAAUGUCAGCAGACUAUGUUUUAUGAAGUAUUACUAUGAGGUUUUACAAAACCAAAGCUACUCUUACGAUUGUAAUCUUGCCAAAAUGACAUGGACAUGCAUAAAUGAACUAGGAGUAUAUGCAAUAAUAACCAGCUGUAUUAGUUAUCAGCUACUACAACCAAGUGGCUGGUUCAUUUGGUUUAAUUCUGCCUAUGGCCAUUAAAUCUUGGUGUGGGCGGGGGGGUGGGAGUUGUUUUUGUUUUAAUUUUGCAAAAGAAAAACUAAAAAAGAGACCUCAAUAAAAUUGUUUAGCUAUAAAAA